CAUAUUUAGAAGUCAAUGCAACCAACCUGUUGUUGCAAAGCACCCCAAAGAUUCUGCAAAAAGGACUGUGUGUUUGACCAGUUAGAGCACUCUGGUAAGUGCUUACCUCUGAGUGCUUACUAUUCUAUACUAUCGAGCUAUACUAUACUGUACUGGGUGAUUCUGUGUAGUAGAUCUAUACCAAUUAGAUCUAAAAUUAAGCACACAGGACCAUAAUUAAAAGACUAUGGCCACCCAAGAGGCAGAACUCUCUUCUGAAAAAAAGUGUGCCCGAGAGAUGUUCACUGUUCUGAAAAGCUAUUUAGAAUCAGCUCGUUCUCUUGGUGUUCUUGUUGCUGGUAAAACUGGUGUAGGGAAGUCAUCACUGAUCAACAGCUUGAUAGGUGGUGCUCAGCUUGCAGAAGAAGGCUCUUCUGUGCGGUCCGUUAGUAGAAACAUUAUUAGUUACACCACUAGCUUCAAUACCCCUGUACCAAGCAAAGAAAAUGAAGUUACGACUCUCACCGCCUGGGAUUCACCUGGUUUUGGAGAUAUUUUUAUCAGUGAAAAGGACAGGGAAGUGCGUCUUUCAGAAUUAAGAUUCGCGAUUGACAAGGCAGACGUUUUUCUAUAUUGCUUCAAGAUUACCGAGCGUAUAACUGGUGAUGAUGCUGACGGCAUUGUGAAGAUUACAAAGGCACUUGAUUCUAGCAUUUGGAAAAAAGCAGUGUUUGCUUUGACUUUUGCGAAUGAGAUUCAGAUUCCAAAAAACGACAAGCGCUCUGUGAAUCAGUUACCACAAUACCUUACUGAAAAGGUGGAAGAAUGGAAACAAAUCAUUUACGAUGUGCUUAAAACUAAGGCAGAGGUACCUGAAGAUAUUCUUAGAGAUAUCUCUGUUGUUCCUGUUGGAUAUUUAGCCGACAAUCCACCUGAUCGAAGUGAAUGGUACACACCAUUUUGGAUGGAGCUCUUCAAGAAGACAAGGGAGACAGGCAAACCAGGCUUACUCCGUCUCACUUGGUCAAGAUUUAACUGCCAAGAAGACAAAGCUCUCAACUUCAAUGAGCAAAUGAACGAGUCACUCCCUGUGAACCUACUCAAAGAUGAUCAACUAUCGAAUUUGAUCAAUAUUGGCAAUUUGGAACAGUAUUUGCCAACCUCACCCCAUCAGUCUCUCAGUGAUAUGCCGUCCAAGCUUCGAGCUGAUCAUGAAGAACAGCUUCUGCCACCACAAAGUUUGGCAUCAGCUUUACCGUCUCACAACACUGCAUCACUGUUUGCAACUAGCCAACACGAAACAUCUCUGUUUGUAGAUAUUGCUCCAGAAGAACCCCACUUGGCAGUUGGGGGUUCACCACGAAUAACUGCACAAGAAUUGAAAAUUACUGCUAGGGCUGAGACGACGUCGGUACGUAUAGGAGAUGAAGGCACCAAUGAAAGAGUUAAACAUCCUCAACUGAAAAAAGCAGCUAAAAUUGGAGCAACUAUUGGCAGCACUGCAGCAGCAGGGGCUUUAGUGGGUCUGCUCAUAGGGAUAAUUGGUGGACCUAUAGGCAUGGCUAUUGGGGCAGGUGCCGGUUUUGCUGCUGGUGGUGGUGUUGGGGCUGGAGGAUUGAUUGCUAAAGAAAUUGCGAAGUUCAUGAAACAAAAACAAGCCAAAAAGAAACAAAAAGCAGCAGAAAACGUGGGAACGGACAAUCCUAGUAUAAACAGUUAACUCCCUGGGUUAGUGGCAGUUUUCUAGUUUGAGUGUGUGUGGAUGUAUUGUAUCCGUAUAUUUUUACCAUCAAUAUUAAUGAUUGUGCAUUAUAAAAACAUUUUGUGAAAAAUG